UGUUGAAAUGGCUGACGGGGUUUCACUCUCGACUGCAGUGCAUAAAUAUAUAAUAAUAUGUACUUGAGAAGAUUUAAUUUCUUCUCGCCGUUCCGGAUAAAUUUCUUAAAUGGAUCGGGACGUGCAAGUGCAUUUAGAUAAAUUAAUUCUGUGGAAACCGAACUUUAUUGAUAAGGCCAUCACGAUGUGAUUUAACAUCUCAAGUUAUUAAGCUCAUAUCAUCACGUUCAAGAUAAUCUCAUCUAGCUAAUAUAUUAUCAUUAUUUACCAUUGCUUUUCCAGGGACUAGUUGAAGCUGCUGAUAUAGAUUCAUUCAACCUGCCGGUCUACAUGCCCUACAAACAAGAGGUGACAGAUGUGGUAGAGGGAGAGGGAUCCUUCACCAUCAAUCGCCUUGAAACAUUUGAGGUGAAUUGGGACCCUUUCUACCAUGAAGAUGAAGAUGAUGAGAACUGCACGUUUGACAAGUUUAAGAGCGGGCAAAACGUGGCCGACUGUAUAAGAUCUGUCACAGAACCCAUCCUGAGAAGUCACUUUGGAGACGGAUUGGUGAUGGAAAACGUAUUCAAGAGGUAUGUAAGGCUCGUCGGUGAGCAUUUAGAGGUGGAGAAGACCAAAGGAAUGUGAUGUUAAAAGCAAUGCCGCUCGUCAAGGAACGGGUGAGAGCAUUAUAUAGAAAAGCCUUAUUCGAUAACUACUUCGCGGUGGCAGACUUGGGCUGCUCUUCGGGACCCAACUCCGUACUUGCCAUCUCUGGGGUGAUUGAAGCCAUAAUGGGAUUGUGCAGCCAAAAGGGGCAUUCCCCGCCUGAGGUUCUCGUGUUCCUGAAUGACCUUCCGGGGAACGACUUCAACUCUGUGUUCACGUCUCUUCCCGGUUUCUAUGAGAAGUUGAAGGAGAAGAACAAGGUUAACAGUACUAACUGCUUCAUAUCUGCUAUGCCCGGUUCUUUCUACGCCCGGCUAUUCCCAAGCAGAAGCUUGCAUUUUGUUCACUCUUCUUACAGUGUUCAUUGGCUCUCUCAGGUCCCGGAGCUCCCAGAACAGAACAAAGGGAGCAUUUACAUGGCAAGCACGAGCCCUCUGAGCAUCUUCCAAGCAUACCUGAAGCAGUUUCAAAGGGAUUUCACGAGCCUCCUGAGCUCCCGAGCAGAGGAAAUCGUCCCCGGGGGCGAAAUGGUCCUGACUCUCAUGGGCAGAAGCAUUCCUGAUCCCACCAGCAAAGAUUGCUGCCUCUUCUGGUGGUGGCUCUCUAGGUCGCUUGUCGAAAUGGCUGACGAGGGACUGGUCAAAGAUACUGACAUAGAUUCAUUCAACCUGCCGUUCUACACGCCUUAUAUGGAAGAGGUAAGGGACGUGGUAGAAGCAGAGGGGUCCUUCACCAUCAAUCACCUUGAAACCUUUGAGAUGAAUUGGGACCCUUUCUACCACGAAGACGACGAGAGCUGCACGUUUGACAGGUCAAAGAGCGGGCGGAUUGUUGCCAAUAAUAUAAGAUCUGUCACAGAGUCUAUGCUAAGAAGUCAUUUUGGGGACGGACUAGUGAUGGACAAUGUAUUCGAGAGGUAUGCGAGGCUCGUCGGUGAGCAUUUAGACGUGGAGAAGACGAAGCACUUCAGCAUAACCAUUUCCAUGACAAGGAAAUGAAAUCGAUCCAGUGCCUUUAAUUUGGCAUCGAGAUGAGAAUAUAAGAACAAACUCCAGAUUAUAUUUAGUACAUGUCGAUGGUGUUUGAAGCAAGAAAUACUAUCAAGAUUACUAUUGCAUCACGAUAUUUGCUUACCUUUAAA